CCAAGAGCAUAUUCUCUAAAGAAAUUCUCAGGCGUGAAAUCCAAUACAGGAGUAAUUCAGUAGAACUCCAUACUAUCACUAUGAAGAAAGGUGGUGUUCCUCUUUUGUUGAGUAUCAUCUUCCUGACGCUGAUUGGAGGUCAAGGCACCCCAACAAUGAGGAAUAGACGCUGUUCCUGCAUCACCACCACCCAAGGAACAAUCCAGUCAAAAUUCUUAAAGGACCUUAAACAAUUUGCCCCAAGCUCUUAUUGUGAGAAAACUGAAAUCAUUGCAACAAUGAAGAAUGGAUAUCAAACGUGUCUAAACCCAGAUUUGGCAGUUGUGCAAGAAUUGAUUAAAGAGUGGGAAAAACAGGUCAACCAAAAGAAAAAGCAAAAAAAAGGGAAAAGAUAUCAAAAAAGCAAGAAAGCUUUAAAAGUUAAAAAAUCUCAACAUCCUCGUCAAAAGAAGACCACAUAAACAACCACUUUACCAGCAA